AUGUCUGGAGGAGGAGUCUCAUGGUCGCGGCUCUUUACGCCGUCGAAACUCGCCUUUCAUUUCUUCUUCUGGGGCUUUCAUUUUGCCAUCUUCGGCAUAGGAUGGUGGAAGCAAGCCAACGAUGCACGUCUAGCACCUCUCAACGCUCUUCAGUUUUCCGUCUGGAUAUCUCGUGGUGCAGGUCUAGUUCUCUCAGUCGAUACCAUGGUUAUCGUUAUGCCUAUGUGCCGAAACAUCCUCCGAUGGCUCCGACCCAAGGCGCGCUUCAUGCCUCUUGAUGAAUCCAUGUGGUUCCACCGACAAGUCGCCUAUGCUAUGCUGUUCUUCACGAUUCUUCACGUUGUGGCGCAUUAUGUCAAUUUCUUCAACGUCGAGCGUGUGCAAGUGCGACCCCAGAUUGCUCUUCAGAUUCACUACGCAGAGGCUGGUGGUAUCACGGGACACAUUAUGCUUCUUUGCAUGCUGCUGAUGUACACGACGGCCCACCACAGGAUCCGCCAGCAGUCAUUCGAGACCUUCUGGUACACCCACCACCUGUUUAUUCCGUUUUUGCUCGGCAUGUACACACACGCGACCAGCUGCUUCGUCCGUGACACAGCCCCAGCAUGGUCUCCGUUUGAUCACGAAAACUUCUGGACCCAUUGCAUUGGUUACGAGGGUUGGCGAUGGGAGCUCGUUGGCGGCGGCUUGUACCUCUUUGACCGCCUUUACCGUGAAAUCCGCUGCAGGCGCGAGACCAAGAUUGUCAAGGUCGUCCGCCACCCUUACGAUGCUGUUGAGAUCCAGUUCACCAAGCCGAGCAUGAAGUACAAGCCCGGACAGUGGCUGUUCCUGAAUUGCCCAGAAGUUAGCUACUACCAGUGGCAUCCAUUUACCAUCACUUCUUGCCCUAACGAUCCUUAUAUCUCGGUCCACGUCCGCCAGGUCGGUGACUUUACUCGUGCGCUCGCCGAUGCGCUUGGUGCCGGUCAGUCGCAAUCCAAGCUGUACGACGAGCUGGACCCCAUGGGCAUGUACGAGAUUGCUCUGCAGCACGGCCAAAAGAUGCCUGCCCUCCGUAUCGACGGACCGUACGGAGCUCCUGCUGAAGACGUCUUCGAGAACGAAGUCGCUGUCCUCAUUGGUACUGGUAUUGGCGUCACACCUUGGGCCUCGAUUCUCAAGUCCAUCUACCACCUCCGCCUGAGCCCCAACCCACCCAAGCGUCUCCGCCGUGUCGAAUUCAUCUGGGUCUGCAAAGACACGUCUUCCUUUGAGUGGUUCCAAACGCUACUCUCCUCUCUCGAGGCACAGUCUCUUGGUGGCGCAGACGGCGACCAGUUCUUGCGCAUCCACACUUACCUCACCCAGAAGAUGGAUGCCAACACGGCGCAAAACAUUGUCCUCAACUCUGUGGGCACAGACAAGGACCCGCUUACCGAACUCAAGUCGCGUACCAACUUUGGUCGUCCUGACUUCCCGCGCCUGCUCUGCGGUAUGCGCGAUGGUAUCCUGGACCGCACUUACAUGAACGGCCUCGAGAGCACGCUACGCACCGAGGUGGGAGUCUACUUCUGUGGACCUAAUGUUGCAGCUCGGGACAUCAAGAAGGCGUGUAAGCAAGCGACUUGCCAGGAAGUCGACUUCAAGUUCUGGAAGGAGCAUUUCUAG